AUGUAUCAGUAUCGAGUCUGGUGGCAUUACAAACCAGAUGGGAUCUACGAGAAAUGUCGUUGCUUGUGUUGCCAACAGCGUUUUCACAAAGCUCAUGAACGUUUUGUUCCUAUUCCGUUGCUCGGAAAAUACCGCGACCCAAACACAUUGGGUGAUCGACCAUGCAAGUACACUGUCUCUGGUGGUUGUCCAGAUCGUUCACUUGAACAUAUUGUCUCAUUUCAUGCAUUUGAUUUCAAGCCUCUCGCGCGAUUUCAACCUGGCAAGGAUAAGACUUACAUUGGUUUUCAUCAAACAACAACGGAAGCUGCGAUUGGUAUUUCGCAGGAAGGCUUUCGAAUCAGUAGUAGACCACCACAAAUGCUAGGUUUUGGUGUUUACUUUGCACGUUCUUUUGCCGACACAGAGGGCAAAGCUCGUGCUACCGGUGCCUUUAUCGUUGCCGAAAUCGAUAUGGGCAGCGUUCGAAUAAUUGAGCUCCAACAGAUCAACGAAGUAAGAAACACGGAUUCAUGGUGGAAAGAUCAUGAUACAAUUUACUACAAACACGUGGAUGAGAAUCGUGAUGAAUUUUGUAUCAAAGAUCCGAAGCAAAUAUUGAAAUGGAUCAUGGUUAUGGAUGAUACACGACUGUAUCGAUAUGGGCUUGACCAUGAAUUUGAUAACACACGCUGUGGCUGUAUCUGA